AUGGGUAGCUCGCCCUUGUUCGAGGCCGUGGUCGGCCUGCGCGAGCAUUUCCGCGGCGGGCGCUCCACCCCGACCCGCGGGGGCGCCCCCGACCGCGAAGGUGCUCCGCUGGACGCGGCGGACGCGGAGGUGGCCACGAUCGCGGCGUUCCGCAGCGAGGCAGCGGCUGCGCGCGACGACAUGCUCGACGGCCUGUCGCGCCUGCGGCGCGACCUUGAGGUGCACCGUAGGGGCGCCGAGCCGCCACAGCCCGAGGCGGCCAUGCCGCGGCUGGAGGCGGCCGUGGCCGCGGCCCAGCUACGACGCGCGCGGUCGCCAGAGCGGUGGCAGCCGCACGCUGCCGACGGCGCGCCGGCGCCCAGCGCCUCUGGGGGCUCCGAGGGCCCGUCCUUCGAGGUCGAGAUCGCGCAGCUCCGGGCCAGCCUUUCCCUGCUGGGCGCUCGCGUUGCGGCGCUGGAGCGGUCCUCGGAGCGGAUGCUGCUGGCCGGCGCGCAGGGGGGCGACAUCGACGCCACGCUGCGGGACCCGCUGGCCACGCAUGUGGUCUUCGGCGCGGGGGAGCACGCGCUGGCGAGGGCGGAAGGCGCCGGCAGCGUGGUCUCGCGGGGCGAGCUGUGCGCCUUGAUCGCCGACGAGGUGCGCUCUCACACCGAGCGGGUGGCUGGCCAUCUGCGCGCGGACGCCAUGGCGCACAACGUGGAGCUCCGGGCCGACUUCGCACGUCGCCUGGAGGUGGUGGAGGAGGAGCUCCACAGCGCCGCGGCCCGGAGGCCCCACGGGGUGGACGCCGCCGCGAGCCUCCAGCCGCAGAGGCAGCACGGGGCCGGCGGCGCCGACGAGCCGUGGUCCGCGCGCGCGGCAGAGGAGCGGCGUGCCCAGCUCGGGGAGGACCCUUUGAUCUCGUGGGACCUCAAGCUGAGCCUGGAGCGCCUCGUUGAGAGGGUCAGCGAGACCGCGGGCGGGACCCCCACGGUGGCCCCCGCCGUGGCGACGCCCUCCGCGUCGACGCCCUGCGCGACGGGGCACGGCGAGCUCGGCGGCUCCUUCCGAGGACACCGGCGGGCGUCUCGGCGCCGCAGGGCGGCUCACCGGCCGCCGCCUGCGUGCAAACCACGCCGUUCCUCGGCGGCCGCCCGGCUCCGGCGGUGGGCCUGCCGGUCGCAGGCGCCCUGCGUGCCUGGCCCGUCGUGCCGGGGGCCGCGGUCGCGUCGUACCCCGGCGCCGCGCCCGCCCCGUCGCUGCCCAUCGCGGUGA